AAGCAUUUUGACAAGUUACUUUCUUCUAGAGAAAAAAAAAAAAGGUUGUGUUCGCUUUUAUUACACACUUUUAUUGUUUACCAAUCGAGUCAUAUGUAAUAGCUAAGCAAUUUCCCUUUCGAACUAACUCUCUUUCGCAUACCAAGUGUGUGUUGUGUUUGAUGCUUCAUCACCAAGAAAAAAGGAAAAAGCAAUACCCCCUUCAUCACGUACCCCAAAUCCCCAGAUCAAAUAUUAUAAAAUUUCAAUCAGUUAACUAUAAAAUCGCAAUCGAAUCAAUCGGAGAAGAGAAUUUUUGAAAAUUGGAGAGCAGAAAGAGUUUGUACCUGUACUCACCAUGGACGACGAUCAAAAUCAAAUCCCGGUGUUAGACCUCCGGCAAUUGAAAGUCUUAUCGGCGCUAGGUCGAGGAGCCAGGGGCGUCGUGUUUCUGGUCCAAGACGAGUCGUCCAAUGGAGAUUUGUUUGCUUUGAAGACGAUUUUGAGAGCUUCCAUUAAGAGUAAGCAGAAUGUUAAGAAGACAGAUAUCGAUGGUAAUGAGAGUAAGCAGAUUUUCUUUGAGCAGGAGGUGUUGCGACUAUCACAGCAUCCAUUGCUACCGAAACUUCGUGGUGUUGUAUCCACCGAGAAUAUCGUGGGGUACGCCAUUGAUUAUUGUCCCGGGCGUGAUCUCAAUUGCCUUCGUAAGAGACAAACGGAGAGAAUGUUUUCCGAUGACAUAAUCAGGUUUUAUGCAGCGGAGUUGGUGAUUGCAUUGGAGUAUCUUCACGGAUUGGGGAUCGUUUACAGAGAUUUAAAGCCAGAAAAUGUAAUGAUUCAGGAAAACGGACACCUAAUGCUUGUCGAUUUCGAUCUAUCAACCAAAUUAUCACCCAAACCUCCGUGCGAAGCUCGAUCACCAAAAACCACGCCGUCGCCGUCGCCGACGACAUCCGAGACAUCAACAAAGAACAAAAACCGAUUUUCAUUUUUUUCCAAUUGUUGUCGCCCGGCCAUUCCGGUGGAGGACUCGGUACACCCUACCGCCGAGUCAGUCGACAACUCAGUCUCAGAAACGAAUUGCGAGCCUCGUCACUCCUUCUCAAAAUCAAACUCCUUCGUCGGAACGGAAGAGUACGUUGCGCCUGAAAUGCUACAAGGCAAUGGCCAUGAUUUCUCGGUGGACUGGUGGUGUUUAGGCGUCGUUUUGCACGAGAUGUUGUACGGGAAGACGCCGUUUAAAGGAAUAAACCGAAAGGAGACAUUUUACCAAAUUCUGUCGAAGACGGCGGAGGUCGUCGGAGAGCCGACGCCGUUGAGAGACUUGAUUCGAAAGUUGCUGGUGAAGGAUCCGAAACAGAGAAUAUCAACGACGGAGAUCAAGAGCCACGAUUUCUUCCGGGGAGUUGACUGGGAGGGACUGUUACAAAUCAGUAGACCACCAUUUGUUCCGGGAACGUCCGACGAGGAUGAGGACGUGGAUGCUGAUGGCAUGGAUGUAAAUAAGAUCGAUAUUGAGGCUUUUGUUCAAGGAGUGUUUCAAGUCGAUGAUUCUGACGUCCAAAUCCGUGAGAAGGAACAUGACAACGCUUUCUUGCCUUUCUAACAAAUUUUGGCGGUGAUUCAAUAUUUUUAUGGUAAACUUUUAUUUAUUAUUUUUCUGUAAUUUAAUUAAAAACAAACCGUACAAAGAACAUUCAGUUACAGUAUUUAUGAAUAUAAUUAUAUAUAAAUCUUAUACACGAU